CGCGCAGUCGCUGCCUGUGAAUGCAGUGGGGUUCGUGCGUGCGUGUUAGUGAGUGUGUUUUGCUUGUGGAAUGUGGGAGUUGUCCCCACGCGCUUUACGAACAACCGACCUGUCCAAACAGUGCGCGCGUGGCAGAGGAUGUCACACCAACCAAAACAGCGGACGAACGCUCACAGCACAGUCUUUGGAGGAAAAUCCACCGUACAGGGUAGAGUCGGGGCGGGGCGUAAUUACACGGAGUCCCAUCUAUUUAGGGUCAAGUACAACAUUUUUACAGUCCUAACCAGCGUGGGUUCAAAGUUUGUUUUGUGCCCGGAAACUGCGAAUCACCCACAGGGCGCGGAGGUAGUACUUUCAGAUUCGACUGAUAUUUUUGUACUAUUUGUGUUUAGUUAAUUCAUAGACUCGCGAUAAAAUCUGCACGGGAUGGAUUGCAAAGCUGCAAUAGCCAGCGUAAUUCGUUAGCAUCUCAUCAACUAGCUCCUCCGGAGGCUCCAUCGCGAAUACGGGGCUGCGGUGCGGCUGGACGCGGAGCGAGGCGACCCUCUGCGGGCUGCGCUGCCGAGGCGGUGGGCGUGUUUUCUCGGCGUGCUAGCAUGUGAGCUGGCGCCAAGUUCUCGGCGUGAAAAAAACAAGAUUUACAAGUUACGGGCUAGAGUGAAGCAGCAAAAGUCACAUCACGCUUGAUCGGAAAAGUUGCACGCAGUUUACCACAUUUCUUGAGGUUAAAUCCAAACCAGCUUGAUUUCAAGGAAUAUAUCGGCUGUUCCGGUUUCUGAGAGUGAUGGAGUCAGCCGUUAGUACAUCCACUCAAGUGCCAGAUGAGUUUGACCGUAAUGUUCCACGGAUCUGUGGUGUGUGCGGAGACAAAGCCACUGGCUUUCACUUUAAUGCGAUGACCUGUGAGGGCUGCAAAGGCUUCUUCAGGCGCAGUAUGAAGCGCAAGGCCAGUUUUACCUGUCCUUUUAAUGGAAGCUGCACCAUCACUAAAGAUAACCGUCGCCACUGCCAGGCCUGCAGACUCAAGCGUUGCCUGGAUAUUGGCAUGAUGAAAGAGUUUAUACUGACGGAUGAAGAGGUUCAGAGAAAAAAGGAUCUGAUCCAGAGGAGAAAGGAUGAGGAGGCUCAGAGGGAGGCGCAGAAGCCCCGGCUCUCAGAGGAGCAGCGCAACAUCAUUGACACGCUGGUGGAUGCCCAUCACAAAACCUAUGAUGAUUCCUACUCUGACUUCUCACGUUUCAGACCUCCAGUUAGAGAGGGUCCAGUUACACGUAGUGCCAGCCGAGCCGCGUCUCUUCAUUCAUUAUCAGACGCCUCCUCAGACUCCUUCAGCCACUCUCCAGAGUCAGGAGAUCGUAAGAUGAAUCUGAGUAAUCUGUUGAUGAUGUAUCAGGAGCAGGGUUUGAGCUCCAGCCCGGACUCAAAGGAAGAUGAGGGCACCGGUCUUUCCAUGCUUCCUCACCUGGCUGACCUGGUUUCCUACAGCAUUCAAAAAGUCAUCGGCUUUGCUAAGAUGAUUCCUGGAUUCAGAGAGCUGACAGCUGAAGAUCAGAUUGCUUUGCUGAAGUCCAGUGCUAUAGAAGUGAUCAUGCUAAGGUCUAACCAGUCUUUCAGUCUAGAGGACAUGAGUUGGAGCUGUGGAGGACCAGAGUUUAAAUACUGCGUCAAUGAUGUGACAAAAGCUGGACACACUCUAGAGCUUUUGGAGCCUCUGGUGAAGUUUCAGGUGGGCUUGAAAAAGCUCAACCUACAUGAGGAGGAACAUGUGCUGCUGAUGGCCAUUUGUCUGCUGUCUCCAGACCGGCCUGGGGUGCAGGACCACGUGCGAGUGGAAGCGUUGCAGGACAGGUUAUCUGAGGUUCUGCAGGCGUACAUCCGCGCACAUCACCCGGGGGGCCGUCUGCUCUACGCUAAGAUGAUCCAGAAGCUGGCGGACCUCCGUAGCCUGAACGAAGAGCACUCCAAGCAGUACCGCUCCCUUUCUUUCCAGCCCGAACACAGCAUGCAGCUGACCCCUCUGGUGUUGGAAGUGUUCGGCGGACAGGUCACUUAGUAACUUCACCCGAGUCAGACCAAGACGUGCGGGUUAAAUGGUGUGACCCGGAGGGGUGUGGAGUGAAUGUACGGACAAUCACCUUAAAAUGCAUACAGAGUUUCCAGGACGAAGUUUGUGAGUGGUGUGUGUGUGUAUAUGUGUAUCCCUCAUCAUUUACAGAUCGGCUAGGGAGUGCCAUAGAUGUUUCCGUUUGUUUGUUGUAUGUAAGGAGGACAUUCUUACAAGAAUGUAAUAUGGUCAUGGUGUUUUUCACUGUGGCACCUCAAUACAGUAAUAUUUUACUGUAUUAUCAAUAGCCAACAGUAUUACACUGCAUGUGUAGGAUGACUGUGUGAGUGUGUGGUCCUGUUCAAAACCUCUGCAUGGUCCCCAAAGCGCUGUCCACUACUGCUGAUGUCCUGUCUCUUCACCUCCUGCCUUUAAAUGCACAGGGUUAAAAGUACUAAUGCAAGCACACAGCUCUAACUCACCCCACGCCUAGCCACUUAACUAAUCAAACGGCAGCUCCGCCCCCUUCCUCUGCCUCCACAGCUCUGAUAGGUUGCUGAACAAUGGCUGUCUUCUUUAAUGUUUGCCUCUGCUGUGAUUGGCCAAUUAUCUAACGCCUCUGCAAAGUGGUUAGUGCGGCAUUAGCGCUUGCCACGCAGCUAACCUGUAAAUAAGACUCGGUAUCUAUAUUCUUACCUUUUUCGAUUAGUGUAAAUAGAGUUUAAUAUAAGCGCUUCUUGUGGCUUAUGGUAGAAUUUAGCAGAGGGAGACCCUGCAGCCCUGGCUGGCUAUAAUCAAUAUGUAAAGACUACACUUUAUACUGCAUUUAUGCAAACACACAGGAAUUGGAACCAUGAAUUAUGUUUUUUAAAAACUGAGAGCUUUACCUCACAUCUGUAAAUCAUAUAGGUUACAUAUAUCUCAACUCUUGCAUUCCGUCAUUCAUUUUUUUUCUUUUAAUUUUUUUUUUUUUUUUUUUCAGAUUAAUUUAACUAAUUAUGUUUUCCCUAACAAAGAUUUACGCUUUAGUCCCAUUAGUCAUCACAUUUGAUUUUCCUCAUGACACAGUUAACAAAAUCCUGAAUGCUUUUUAUCAUGAAUUUUAAUUUUACCUUUUUAAUUUAUAGAACUUUCACAAAAGCAAGAGUUAUAAAGCUAUAAUAAAAAAAGAUUCUAGGUCAUAUUUCAACCCAAAAGAAAAAAAUCUCCCCAAAUGUAAUUUUACUCUAAUAUGAUAUUGAAUAUAGGUAACACUUUACAAUAAGGUUAACUACUUGAGUUAACAUGAACUAAGAAUGAACAAUACUUCUACAGCAUUUAUUAAUCUUAGUUAAUGUUAAUUUCAGCAUUUACUAAUACAUUAUUAAAAUCAAAGUUUUACUUGUUAAUGUUAGUUAACGCACUGUGAACUAACAUGAACAAUGUAUUUUUAUUAACUAACAUUAACAAAGAUUAAUAAAUACUGUAUUGCUCAUUGUUAGUUCAUGUUAGUUAAUACAUUAACUAGUUUUACCAAAUGAGACCUUAUUGUAAAAUGUUACCCAAAUAUGUAAUCUAUAUUACAAUUAUCUAUUCAUAACAUUUUAAAUAAUAUUUAUUUUCUCUUCAUAUUCUAGUGAGGACAUUUUUUCACAUCGGUAAUGAAAACUGUUCUUAAUAAAUAUAAUUAGAAAAAUUAAUUGAAAAUAAUGUAAAAUUAAUAUUUUUUUAAUUUUGGGGUGAAAUAUGAUGGGUAUCUUCUUGACAGGUUUGGGGAGAUUCAAAUAAUUUUGGGUUUUGUGCAUCACACACUACUAGGAAUGACUUUACUGAGAAAUAAGACUGGUUCUCACUUUUUUAAGGUAACUCUAAUAGCAGCAUGCUGGAUAAUUUAUGAUCUUGAUGUUUGUCAUCAGUAACCACGGUUUUACAUGCUACCUGGGUGUUUUUGCUAUUUGUUUGCACAGGCAGGUUCUUCAAAGCAUAAUCUAAUUACAGCAUAACAAAACUCAGCACAUUCUUUUCUUAUGCUGGGUUGUUAUUAUCUAAACAGUAAUUACAGACACCUAAUACCAUGUCGGCCAUGGUAUAGACUUUUUUUUUUUUUUUGCAUGUCUCUGUUCACCGUGUUAAUAUCACUCUGGCCACUGCCUGCAUUGUGUCCUCUAAACCAAACACGGCUGCCUUAGCUUGGCCUCAGCUGUUAACAGUUAUUCAUUUUAAUUGAUCUCUUUAUGCUUUUUAAGUACGUAAGAGUCCUUUUCUCCACUGUGUAUAAUAGCUGUAUGUGAUAUUUGCGAGACUGUCGACUCCCUGAGUCGCAUUAGAGGGCUGAUACUUACAGAGUUCUAUCUCUGUUGCUUUAUAUAUCUUGUUCUCUCCACUUUCUCCGCAAUCUCUUUUUUAAAUCACGUCUGAUUUGUAUGAAUCUUCUACUUCUCGGUCAGGGCUCAGGGUCAUUAGGAAAAACUUUUCUGUGGUAUGAGUGUUAAUCAUCGUUAAUGAAGAUUGUCUGUAGGUGUGAGUUUGGUGUCGGAACUGGGUCGACGAUUUAAUGAUCGUGUAAGCUGAAUUUAACUACCUGGAAACUGCGGUUCCUCAGCUAGGCGGGCGCAGUGCGCGUGUGUCUGUGGAAGCGUGCGUUUAUGAAGCGAGGGCGAUGUAUAGCAUUUACCUAUACACCAAGUAUAUUCAUAUUUGAUUGGGUGCCACAUAUUCGGCCCAGCAUAGUUGGGUAAUUUGUGUGUGAGUAAAAAGGUUAUCGUUUCCUCAGUAUAUUACUAAUAAAUAACUUAGUCAUGGCACUUAAGAUUUAAUGAUAUGGAAGGUUUGCUUUAUAUAUAUAUAUAUAUAUAUAUAUAUAUAUAUCUAUGAGUAUUACUUUGCAAAUGUAAAAGAUUAAAAUAUUUUCUUGUAGACUAGUUUUGAUAUUCUGAUAUCUGUACAGGUGGAGGCACAGGGCAGAUGGUUGUGUGUGUAUGUUUGGGUAGGUAUGCAAAUAUAGGAAAGUACGACUGAAUGCUAACCUCCUGCCCAGUGCAGGUGAAUAUAGAUAUAUAUAUAUAUUCACUAUCUUAUUGCUCUCUUUCAAAUUGUCUACAAGUUUGAAAGAGAGCAAGUGAAUAUAUAUUCACUAUAUUCACUAUCUUAUUGCUCUCUUUCAAACUGUCUAUUUUAUCAUCUUCAUGCCUUCUCUCUAUACUAAGCUGCUCAGUACUUUAUGGGAUAAGGAUGUACACUCAAUUUUAAACUGGAAAACAAUGAAAUCUUCCAGUUAUGAGCAUUUUUGUAAUCAUUCACUUAUUUGUUUUGUUCUGAUUUCGUGAUGAACGAGUGAGAAUAUCCCUGCAGCACUUACCAUAAAUUUAUAUCAGACAAACCAGGACAACAUGUCAUAUUUAAACCGUUGCAAGAUAUACAUUAUGCAUGAUGAUGAUGAUGAUGAUGAUGAUGCUGAUGAUGAUGGCGAGACGUGAGAAGGACAGAGAUGAAAUUGAUGUUGGUCUCUUUUCCGAGUCCAAAAUGUAACCAUAACAAACUACCUCUCUGGGGAACAGACACAUUUGAUUUGUAUUUUUUUAUGAUUCAUGUUUGUAUUUAUUGCUGUGCAGUGGCUCACAUGGACAACCCAGUACCUCAUGUAUGAAUAUCACUUAACAACAAAGACGCCUUAACAGUUGUUUUAUCAGAUUUUUUUAAACUAUUAUUAUCUGCGUGUACAGUAUUUGUAUCCUUAGCUUUCUCCAACACGUUCAAACAUUCACAUACACGGACAGACAGACAACAAAUGUACACGUUCACAAGAAAGCUGAGAUCUGUUAAGGCGUGGUCACUUCCAUGAUUGACAGUGUUCAGUUGCUGCUGGGAUUGGUUGGCCAUCCUCAGGCCCCUCCCCUUCUUUAUUCUGACUGCUCAGUUGGAUUUUGCUGCUCCGCAAAAAAAUUACACAAAACAUGACAGAGCAUGGCCUUCUCUCUUUUUCUCUUUUUAAACGGUGAUCUGUCAAGUGGACAUCAUCUACCCUGCAAAUCACACAUGCUCAAACGUUACCUCGUACAAAAAUGCAUAUACACUCUAUGGUCAAUACCUCAUGCCAGGUCAAUCCUAAAACGGAGUAGAAGAUGGAUUCGAAUUGAUGACAGAGUCAUCUGUGACAAAGAGUUGAUGAAGAGAGACAUGCUCUUUACCUCUCCUCUUCUGUCUGGGCACCAUAGGACAGGAGAUCAAUAGAAAGUUUGUGGCACUAAAUGGCUCAUAAGUGCUGAAGCACUUCUGUCUCUUAGUGAAUGGGUACCAUAAAGAAAACUGUAAUGCAAAUGCUAGCUGUUUACAGGCUAACAGUAGUACGCCUGCUCACCAGGACAAAACCAGUUGAAUAUGACCAUUCAUGAAACUGUUAAAAAUGCCUGUUUUUUUUUUUUUUUUUUUUUCAUCAUAAAGUAUUGUAAAUUCAUGUUCCUGAUUUCAUGUAAUAUUGGUCAAAUGUUUUACAAAUCAAUAAAAGAAUAUAAUAAUAAA